AUGGCGCACCAACAUCAAGGUGGCUAUGACGAUGGCUACAGCCACGGUCAAGGCCAGCAAGGUCACCAACAGCAAGGUGGUAACGAUGGAUACUACCACGAUGACAACCAGGCCUAUUACGACCAACAGGGCUACGGCCACGGCCAUGGUCAACAAGAUGGCUACUAUGACGAGAGUGGAUACUACCAAGCUGGCCACGAAGGCUACCAACAAGAUGGCUACUACGACGCCGGCCAUCAAAACCAAGGACAAUACCAGGACGAGUACUACAAUGAUCAAUACUACGACCAGGGUGCCGCUGCUGGCCAGCAACAGCCCCGUGGCAAUGGUCAACGCAAGAGUGGUCGCCGCGGUGACUCUGAGGAGGAAUCCGAGACGUUCAGUGACUUUACUAUGAGGUCUGACAUGGCUCGCGCUGCCGAGAUGGACUACUACGGCCGUGGCGAUGAGCGAUACAAUUCAUACGGCGAAGGCCAAGGUCGCGGAUACCGUCCGCCGUCAUCACAAGUCUCAUACGGUGGCAACCGGUCUUCGGGUGCGUCAACGCCAGUUUACGGCAUGGACUACACCAACGCUCUCCCAGCUGGUCAGCGGUCUAGAGAACCAUACCCAGCAUGGACUUCAGAGGCCCAGAUUCCUCUGUCGAAAGAGGAGAUUGAGGACAUCUUCCUCGACUUGACUGCCAAGUUUGGUUUCCAGCGUGACAGCAUGCGUAACAUGUUCGACCACCUCAUGACAUUGCUCGACUCGCGUGCGUCUCGCAUGUCGCCGAACCAGGCCCUUCUUUCUCUCCACGCUGAUUACAUUGGCGGCGAGAACGCCAACUACAGAAGAUGGUACUUUGCCGCCCAUCUCGAUCUAGAUGACGCUGUUGGAUUCGCCAACAUGAAGCUCGGCAAGGCCAACCGUGCGACUCGCAAGGCCCGAAAGGCUGCCAAGAAGAAGGCAGAUGCCAAUCCUCAAAACGAGGAGGCCACCCUCGAGAGCCUUGAAGGCGACAACAGCUUGGAGGCUGCAGAGUACCGGUGGAAAACCCGCAUGAACCGCAUGUCCCAACAUGAUCGAGUUCGACAAAUUGCGCUUUACUUGCUCUGCUGGGGUGAGGCCAACCAGGUCCGUUUCAUGCCUGAAGUCAUGUGCUUUCUGUUCAAGUGUGCCGAUGACUACUACCACUCCCCUGCAUGCCAAAACCGCGUGGAGCCUGUCGAAGAAUUUACUUAUCUGAACAACUGCAUCACACCGCUGUACACUUACUGCAGAGACCAAGGUUAUGAAAUCUCCGAGGGCAAGUACGUUCGUAAGGAGCGUGAUCACAACAAGAUCAUCGGAUAUGAUGACAUGAACCAGCUCUUCUGGUACCCAGAGGGUAUCGAGUUGAUUUGCUUCGAGGACAAGACCCGCUUGGUCGAUCUGCCUCCGGCUGAGCGAUACGAGCGCUUGAAGGACGUUGUCUGGAAGAAGGCAUUCUUCAAGACUUACCUUGAGACCCGUUCAUGGUUCCACAUGAUCACCAACUUCAACCGUAUCUGGAUCAUCCACGUGUGCACAUACUGGUUCUACACUGCCUUCAACUCUCCCACGCUCUACACUGUCAACUACCAGCAACAGCUCAACAACUCACCCGAGACCGCCGCAAGUUUCUCUGCUGUCGCUCUUGGUGGAACCGUCGCUUGUAUCAUCCAAAUCCUCGCAACUCUCGCUGAGUGGCUUUACGUCCCGCGUAAAUGGGCUGGUGCUCAACAUCUCACCAAGCGCCUCUUUGCGCUCCUCGGAUGUUUCGCCGUCAACCUCGGUCCCUCUGUCUACAUCUUUGGAGUCAAGGGUGGCCAAGGUCAGAUCGGACUGAUUCUCGGUGUGAUUCAGUUCCUCGUCGCACUCGCCACCGUCUUCUUCUUCGCAAUCAUGCCGCUUGGUGGUCUUUUCGGAAGCUACCUCAAUGGCAAGCGCCGCCAGUAUGUUGCUAGUCAGACAUUCACUGCAAGCUUCCCUCGCCUCACUGGCAACGACAUGUGGAUGUCCUACGGUCUCUGGACUCUUGUCUUCGCUGCCAAGUUGUCAGAGUCAUACUUCUUCUUGACACUUUCCAUUCGUGAUCCUAUCCGAAUUUUGUCGACCAUGAAGCUCAACAGCUGUCUCGGAGAUGCCUUGAUCGGAAACGUUCUCUGUUUCCAACAGCCGACAGUGCUCUUGAUCCUCAUGUACUUUACCGAUUUGGUCCUGUUCUUCUUGGAUACCUAUCUCUGGUACGUCAUCUGGAACACCGUUUUCUCCGUGGCUCGCUCGUUCUACUUGGGUGUGUCUAUCUGGACCCCGUGGCGAAACAUCUUCUCGCGUCUGCCAAAGCGUGUCUACUCGAAGAUCUUGGCAACCACCGACAUGGAGAUCAAGUACAAGCCAAAGGUUCUCAUCUCUCAGAUCUGGAACGCCAUUGUCAUCUCCAUGUACCGCGAGCACUUGCUCGCCAUCGACCACGUUCAGAAGUUGCUCUACCAUCAGGUCCCGUCUGAGCAAGAAGGCAAGCGUACACUCCGUGCACCUACCUUCUUCGUGUCCCAGGAAGACCACUCUUUCAAGACCGAGUUUUUCCCAGCCAUGUCCGAGGCUGAGCGUCGUAUCUCUUUCUUCGCCCAGUCCUUGUCGACUCCCAUUCCGGAGCCUCUGCCCGUUGACAACAUGCCGACUUUCACCGUCAUGAUUCCUCACUACAGCGAAAAGAUUCUGCUCUCACUCCGUGAGAUCAUUCGUGAAGAUGAGCCAUACUCGCGUGUCACCCAGCUGGAAUAUCUCAAGCAGCUCCACCCCCACGAAUGGGACUGCUUUGUUAAGGACACCAAGAUUUUGGCUGAUGAGACUUCGCAAUUUAAUGGCGACUAUGAGAAGAACGAGAAGGAUACCCAGAAGAGCAAGAUCGAUGAUCUGCCGUUCUACUGCAUUGGUUUCAAGUCCGCCGCUCCUGAGUACACUCUCCGAACUCGAAUUUGGGCUUCGCUUCGCUCUCAGACUCUCUACCGUACCAUCUCUGGUUUCAUGAACUACAGCCGAGCCAUCAAGCUUCUCUACCGUGUCGAGAACCCUGAAGUCGUCCAGAUGUUCGGUGGCAACUCCGACAAGCUCGAGCGUGAAUUGGAGCGCAUGGCCCGUCGCAAGUUCAAGAUCUGUGUCUCCAUGCAACGUUACGCCAAGUUCUCCAAGGAAGAGCGCGAGAACGCCGAGUUCUUGCUCCGUGCCUACCCCGACCUCCAGAUUGCUUACCUCGACGAGGAGCCCCCAGCGGCCGAUGGCGAGGACCCCAGAAUCUACUCUGCUCUCAUUGAUGGUCACUCUGAAAUCAUGGAGAACGGCGCUCGUCGUCCCAAGUUCCGCAUCCUGCUCUCUGGUAAUCCAAUUCUCGGUGACGGAAAGUCUGACAACCAGAACCAUUGCAUCAUCUUCUACCGUGGAGAGUACAUCCAGCUCAUCGACGCCAACCAGGACAACUACCUCGAGGAGUGCUUGAAGAUCCGUUCGGUCCUCGCCGAGUUUGAGGAGAUGACCACCGACAACGUCUCGCCAUACACUCCUGGUCUGCCUCCCACGAAGUUCAACCCUGUCGCCAUUCUCGGAGCCCGUGAAUACAUUUUCUCUGAGAACAUUGGUAUCCUUGGUGACGUCGCUGCCGGAAAGGAACAGACAUUCGGUACCCUCUUCGCUCGUACUCUGGCUCAAAUUGGUGGCAAGCUUCACUACGGUCACCCGGAUUUCCUCAACGCAACUUUCAUGUGUACCCGUGGUGGUGUGUCCAAGGCUCAAAAGGGUCUGCACCUGAACGAAGAUAUUUAUGCUGGUAUGACUGCUCUCCUCCGUGGUGGUCGCAUCAAGCACUGCGAGUACUACCAGUGUGGUAAGGGUCGUGAUUUGGGUUUCGGCUCUAUUCUCAACUUCACCACCAAGAUCGGUACUGGUAUGGGUGAGCAGAUGUUGUCUCGCGAGUACUACUAUCUCGGAACUCAGCUGCCUCUCGACCGCUUCUUGUCUUUCUACUACGCUCACCCGGGUUUCCACAUCAACAACUUGUUCGUCAUGUUGUCGGUGCAGCUCUUCAUGUGGUGCUUGGUCAACCUCGGUGCUCUCCGCCACGAGACCAUCACCUGCAAGUACAACCACAACGUGCCAUGGACUGACCCGUGGAUGCCUACCGGUUGCGCGAAUAUCAUUCCGAUCACCGACUGGGUCCAGCGUUGCAUCGUCUCCAUCUUCAUCGUGUUCUUCAUCUCCUUCGUCCCGCUUACGGUGCAAGAAUUGACUGAACGUGGUUUCUGGCGUGCGGCGACUCGUUUGGCAAAGCACUUUUCCUCGCUCUCUCCUCUUUUCGAAGUGUUCGUCACUCAGAUCUACGCCUACUCCGUCCAGCAGGAUAUCGCCUUCGGUGGUGCUCGAUACAUUGGUACUGGCCGUGGUUUCGCCACUGCGCGCAUGCCGUUCGGUGUCCUCUACUCGCGUUUCGCCGCCCCGUCCAUCUACCUGGGUGCUCGUGCCAUGCUGAUGUUGCUCUUUGGAACACUCACGGUUUGGGGCUACUGGCUGCUUUGGUUCUGGGUCACUACCCUCGCCUUGACCAUCUCGCCCUUCGUGUUCAACCCGCAUCAAUUCGCCUGGUCAGACUUCUUUAUCGACUACCGUGAAUUCCUCCGCUGGUUGUCUCGCGGCAACACCAAGGCGCACUCGGCUUCUUGGAUCGGUUUCGUCCGCCUGUCCCGUACUCGUCUCACUGGUUUCAAGCGCAAGGCCCUUGGUGAGCCUUCAGCCAAGCUCUCUGGAGACACUCCCCGAGCUCGCUUCAGCAACGUCUUCUUCAGCGAGAUUAUCGGUCCGCUUGUCUAUGCCGCCGUCACCGUCAUUCCAUUCAUCUACAUCAAUUCGGGCACCGGUGUCGACGAGGAGCACAACCCAGGCAUUGACAUUCGUCCGACCGCGUCUCUCAUCCGCCUUGCCGCUAUUGCUUUCGGACCGAUCGCCAUCAACGCCGGUGUCGCCAUUGGAUUCUUCGGUAUGGCUUGUUGUAUGGGUCCUCUCUUCAGCAUGUGCUGCAAGAAGUUCGGUGCUGUCCUCGCCGCUAUUGCUCACGGUAUCGCUGUGGUCAUGCUCCUCGCUUUCUUCGAAGCCAUGUACUUCUUGGAGGGCUGGAGUUUCCCCAAGACCGUCUUGGGUAUGAUCGCCGUCGUUGCCAUUCAGCGAUUCAUUUUCAAGCUCAUCAUCGCCUUGGCUCUGUCUCGUGAGUUCCGUGCCGAUACUUCCAACAUAGCCUGGUGGACUGGCAAAUGGUACGCUCUCGGCUGGCACACCCUGUCACAGCCUGGUCGUGAAUUCCUCUGUAAGAUCACCGAGAUGGGUUUCUUCGCCGCCGAUUUCUGGCUUGGUCACAUCAUUCUCUUCUUGCUGUUGCCUGCGCUGUUGGUGCCGUACAUUGACAAGUUCCACUCGGUUAUGCUGUUCUGGCUCCGACCAAGCCGUCAAAUUCGCCCUCCGAUCUACUCGCUCAAGCAGACCAAGCUUCGAAAGCGUCGUGUCACUCGUUAUGCCAUCCUAUACUUCUCGCUCUUUGUCUUCUUCAUGGCUCUGGUCAUCGCGCCCGCUCUCCUCGGCAACCAGCUGACUGGAAAAAUGAAGCCCAUUGCUUUCGGCAAGUUGAUCCUCACACAGCCUGUCAACUGGAACAACAACGAUACGACAGGCCUUCAAACCGGCACUGGCGCUGCCAGCACCGACACUUCUGGAUCUUCCUCCGGCGAUGAUGCCGCCGCCGCCGCGGCUGCUGCGGCCGCUGGUGCGCGGUUGGUCCGCCGUGUCAUGUUCUCUUACUAG